UAAAUAUGUACUUGUGGCAGUAACCGUGAUAUGGACAAAAGAAUCGAGGAGAAAGAAACGUAACUUGAUAUCUGUGGCCCCGAAACAAAAGCCGACAACGCCUCCAUGACCGGCAAAACCCGUCAUGCACAAACGUUUCGUGUGCUGUUGUCAUGGGCACCUGUACUGGACACAGGACAUUACUAUUUACGCAUUUGAAUUACGUCUGAGUAGCGAGCCCAGUCGGCCCUACCUGAGGCUUACCAUAGCAUCUCCGUCAAUUCCCUGUGAACCAAAAUGAGUCGUGUAGCCGUGGUGACCGGGUCAAACAAGGGCAUCGGGCUGGAGAUAGUGCGGGGACUGUGCAAACAAUUUGAUGGAAUCGUCUACCUAACAGGUCGAAAUGAGAAACUCGGACAGGAGGCUGUCCAAAAACUGAGGUCUGAGGGCCUGAACCCCAGCUUCCACCAGCUGGACAUCACAAAUGAGCAGAGUAUUCAGGCACUGAAGCAGCAUCUGCAGGACAAGCACGGGGGCCUGGACGUGCUGGUGAACAAUGCAGGGUUUGCUUACAUGGCGACCUCUACUGUCCCGUUUGGAACCCAGGUGGAGCAAACUGUGGGCGUCAACUUCUUCGGAACCCUGGCUGUCAGCAAAGCUCUGCUGCCAAUCAUCAGGCCCCAUGGAAGGGUAGUGAAUGUGUCCGGCCAAAUCAGUCAGAUGUCUCUGAAGAAAUGCAGUGCCGAACUGCAGGCCCGCUUCAGGGACAGGAACAUCCAGGAGGAAGAACUGGUGAUGUCAUUGAACAAGUUCAUCGAGACGGCUAAGUCAGGGAAGCACGCAGAGAAUGGUUUCUCAGACUCUGCGCUCGGCAUGUCUAAGAUCGGAGUGACAGUCCUGACGUUUAUCCAGGCUCGGGCGAUGGAGAAGGACUCCAGAGAGGACAUCCUGGUCAACUGUAUGUGUCCAGGUUGGUGCAAGAGUGACACGACAGGGUGGGAGAGACCCCCCAGGAGUGCUGCUGAUGGUGCAGACACCGCUGUGUUCCUGGCCCUCCUCCCACCCAACACUAAGGACUCACAGGGACGGAUGUUCCAUGACCGCAAAUCUAUACCAUUCUAAGGAAAAGGAAAUACCUUUGCAUCACAUUGCACAUGUAGCUGAACUUUAUAGACUGAUAGAGCCUAUACACUAAACUGGAUACAGUGGUUUUGGAAACGGUCACAGUUUCAACUGGAAUCCAACAGUUUUCGUCAGUGAUAUGAUAACAGGAAAACUACUCCACCGAUAGAAUACAGAGUCAUAGUCCUGCUUGAUUCUCUGCCAGCUUUUGAUACUAUCUUACGGUACCGUAGAUUAAUCUUCUUCGUCGUGGGACAUUUCAGCACUGUUUUCUUAGGAUUAGCUCUCACACGCAGCCCUAAUGCAUGGCAAAUAAAGAAGUGUAAAUGGCAAAUGGGGUUAUGCCAAUCAGGGCUUCAUUUACGUAGUACAUUUUUUUGUACUUGACGAUAUGUUGUGCUCUUUAAAUAUUGUAUUGUAUGUAGGUAUUAUUUGUAUUUGUACCUAGGGCCUCCCUGAAAAGCAGCGCUAGUCUCUGAUGGGUAACGGGAGCUUACCCUGGUAAAAGAAUACAGAAAUGGAAUAAAUAAAUAAAGAGAGGGAAAAUGCGA